AUUUGACAGCGAGUGAAUCCUGUAGAAUUUUGAUUUUCGCAACAAAAAUAUUUACGAAUUUACAGAAAUGCGAAGGGAAUUCAUCAUAGUUUUGUUAGGAAUUAUAUGCACAUCGACUUUAUCGUCUUUGCUGUCCGGCUAUGUGCAGAUAGAGACGGAUAAAAUACUUUUAGACACGGUAAUCGGUGCUGUAGGUGCGGGAAACUUUUCUUAUUGGCAAUUAGGCCAUACUGGACCUUUGCUGGUGGAAUUAACGUCUUUAUCCGGUGAUGCGGACCUUUAUGUAUCAGAUACUGUGAGGCCAAGUUAUGAGGUAGAUAAGAACAACUUGAGCUCAGUGACAUGUGGUCCUGACAUGGUGCAUAUACCAUCGGACUUCCCUAGACCUAUUGGUAUAGGCAUAUUCGGUCACUGGUCCCACUACAUCUCGGAGUACAGCAUCCAGGUAUUCCUAGACGCGUCUGCCGUGCUCACUGAAGAACAGGUGCUGGUCAUCGAGAGAGCCCAGCGGGGACUCGGAGAGAAAUAUCAAGAACUCGACAAGAGAAAAGAGAAGCCAGCGGCUCGUACCAGUAAGACGGGCGAGGAACCGAAACCACGGUUCCUGAAACUAUUGAAUAUCAUGGACAUGAUAUUCGAAAUGUUUGUACUAUAG